CCGGCCAUGUGUGAUUGCAGUUUCCUCUGGGCGUCCAUUUCAUCAGCCCGAAAUUAAGAAGCGGAGGAGAGGGGCUGCGGGCGGCUGGUGGGAGCCCCCCCCUCUCCCCACCCACCUACCACCACCCUAACCCCGCAUCCCGCAUCCCGCAUCCCGCAUCCCACCCCACGGAGGCCCCUCUGCUCCCCAGGCUGCCCGAGCACCCCUCGGCACCCCCUCGCCGCACCCAUCUCCCAGCCCCGGCCCCGCUUGGCCCGGAGGCCGGGGUGGGAUCCACCACCUCAACGCAUCGAUUUUGGGGUGACUUUGCUUUUUUUUUGUUGUUUUUUUUUCUUUUUUUGGCUGGUUUUCUCCCCGCACGCCACCCUUUUUCACCCACAAAAGUGCCUCCGCCGUCCUGAGGUGGCCGGAUGGUUUUUAACCCCCCGCCGGCUCUGAACCGCAAGGCCAUCGCCACCAGCGCUGCCCAUCUGCUCCCACCGCCACUGGAUGCCAACGCCGGGGCCGGAUUCAGCCUCGGCAAGAAGGUCACAGCACCUCCAGCCCACCCUCUUCCUCCCCGCUGCCACCAAACCCGGCUCCGUGCCGUGGCCGUGGCGCGGCGGAGGGGACAUCGGCCGUAGAGGAAACCCGGGGCGAGUGGAGAAAAUCCCCAGGGAGAUUUCGGCGAUUUGGUUUGUCCUCUCCUGCAUGAGACAACCCCGGCUCUGCGGCUCCUCCGGGCGAUGGCCGCACAGUGAAGAUGUCCAUGGCCAGGCUCAACAGCGUCAAUGGCUUUUUGGAGGACGGCAGGAUGGAGGCAGGGGACAUGGGCAGGAUCCUCCGCUGCCUGGAGAUGGGCACCGUCCUCACCUUGUUCUAUCAGAAGAAGUCACAGAGGCCGGAGCGAAGGACCUUCCAGGUGAAGCUGGAGACCCGGCAGAUCAUCUGGAGCCGGACUCCCGAGAAGGUGGAGGGGGACAUCGACAUUCGGGAGAUCAAGGAGAUCCGCCUGGGGAAGAACUCACGGGACUUCGAGCGCUACCCCGAAGAUGCUCGCAAGCUCGACUUCACCAUGUGCUUCAUCAUCCUCUAUGGGAUGGACUUCAGGCUGCGGACGCUUAGUGUUGCUGCUUUCUGCGAGGAGGACAUCAACCUGUGGAUAACGGGCCUCAACUGGUUGGUGGCGGACACCCAGAAAGCCCAGACCCCGCUGCAGAUCGAGAGGUGGCUCCGUAAACAGUUUGACGGGAUGGACCGGUCACGGGAAGGCAGCAUCACAGUGAAGGACCUGAAGGCCAUGCUGCCCCAGGUGAACUACCGUGUCCCCAACAUGAGGUUCCUGAGGGACAAGCUCGUGGUAAGGACCCCACAGGAGGUGGAAGCCAGGAAUGAGAUGACUUUCUCCCACUUCAUCCAGUUCUACAAAAACCUGAUGUUUGAUGCACAGAAGUCGGUCAUUGAGCAGCUGGAGCUCUCCUUCCCCUUGCGGAACGUGGACCGCCCUGAGCUGUGCCAAGUCUCCCUUUAUGACUUCCAGAAGUUCCUGCUGCAUGACCAGAAGGAACCCUGGGCCAGCGACAUGGGCAUGGUGCGGGACUACAUGUGCACCUACCUCAAGGAGGGCUCCAAUGAGGUGGCAGACCCCUCCUUCCAGCUGGAUGAGUUCCUCACGUACCUCUUCUCCAAGGAGAAUAUGGUGAUGGACGCCAAAUAUGAGCGCGUGGUGCCUGAGGAGAUGAACCAUCCCCUGUCCCAGUACUGGAUCUCCUCCUCCCACAACACGUAUCUAACAGGAGAUCAGUUCUCCAGCGAGUCCUCCCUGGAGGCAUACGCCCGCUGCCUGCGCAUGGGUUGCCGCUGCAUUGAGCUGGACUGCUGGGAUGGCCCAGACGAUCUCCCUAUCAUCUACCAUGGCCACACGCUCACCUCCAAGAUCAAGUUCCUGGAUGUGCUGCACACCAUCAAGGAGCACGCAUUCGUCACCUCCGAGUUCCCCAUCAUCCUCUCCAUCGAAGACCACUGCAGCAUCGUCCAGCAGAGGAACAUGGCCUCCCACUUCAAGAAGGUCUUCGGGGACAUGCUGCUCACCAAGCCGGUGGACAUCAAUGCUGACGAGCUGCCUUCACCCACCCAGCUCAAGAAGAAGAUCCUAAUCAAGCACAAGAAACUGGUCGAAGGGAACCUGUAUGAGGAGGUCUCCACUGCCAGUUACUCGGAGAAUGACAUCAGCAACUCCAUCAAGAAUGGCAUCCUCUACCUCGAAGACCCCAUCGACCACACCUGGAGCCCCCAUUAUUUCGUCCUGACAAGCAACAAGAUCUACUACUCGGAGGAGACAUCCCGCUACAAGUUCAAUGAAGAUGAGGAGGAGGUGGAGCAGAAAGAGGAGUUCAACAACAACGAGCUGCACUUCACGGAGAAGUGGUUCCACGGGAAGCUGGGAGGUGGCCGUGAUGGGCGGCAGAUUGCCGAGAAGCUGCUGCACGAGUACUGCACCGAGACAGGCGGCAAGGACGGCACCUUCCUGGUGCGCGAGAGCGAGACCUUCGUGGGUGACUACACCCUCUCGUUCUGGAGGUCCAGCCGGGUGCAGCACUGCCGGAUCCACUCGCGGCAGGAGGCUGGUGCCACCAAGUUCUACCUGACGGACAACCUGGUCUUUGACAGCCUCUACAGCCUCAUUUGCCACUACCGUGAGGUGCCACUUCGCUGCAAUGAGUUUGAGAUGCGCCUCACGGACCCCGUCCCUCAACCCAACGCUCAUGAGAGCAAAGAGUGGUACCACGCCAGCUUGACGCGCCUGCAGGCUGAGCACAUGCUGAUGAGGGUCCCACGGGAUGGAGCCUUCCUGGUGCGCAAGCGCAGUGAACCCAACUCCUACGCCAUCUCCUUCCGGGCGGAGGGGAAGAUCAAGCACUGCCGCAUCCAGCAGGAAGGUCGACUCUUCAUGCUGGGCAGCUCAGCUGAGUUCGAGAGUCUCGUGGACCUCGUCAACUACUAUGAGAAGCACCCGCUCUACCGCAAGAUGAAGUUGCGCUACCCCAUCAACGAGGAGACCCUGGAGAAGAUGGGCACAACUGAGCUGGACUAUGGAGCCCUGUAUGAGGUGCGGACCCCCCACUUCUACGUGGAGGCCAACAAGAUGCCGAUGGCCAGGUGCACAGUGAAGGCUCUCUACGACUACAAAGCGCAGCGGGAGGACGAGCUGUCAUUCUGCAAGCAGGCCAUCAUCCACAACGUCGAUAAGCAGGACGGCGGCUGGUGGCGGGGGGACUACGGGGGAAAGAAGCAGCUGUGGUUCCCAGCCAACUACGUGGAGGAGAUCGUCAACUCACAAGCACAGGAGCAGGAUGAAGCUUCCUCAGAAAACAGCCCCCUGGGGAACUUCUUGAAAGGCUUCAUUGACGUGCCGUCCUGCCACGUCGUUAUCUCCAAAGACGGGAGGAGCUCCAAACCAUUUGUCUUCACCAUCCAUUCCCAGCAGAUGUCCCACGCAGCCCAGUCACUGGACGUUGCCGCGGACACGCAGGAGGAACUCAGCGAGUGGGUGGCCAAGAUCCGAGAGGCCACACAGAACGCCGAUGCCAGGAUGCAAGAGGGGAAGAUCAUGGAGAGGAGGAAGAAGAUUGCACUGGAGCUCUCCGAGCUGGUUGUGUAUUGUCGCCCAGUGCCGUUCGAUGAGGACAAGAUCGGCACAGACAAAGCGUGCUACAGGGACAUGUCCUCCUUCCCGGAGACCAAGGCGGAGAAGUACGCCAACCGCAGCAAGGGCAAGAAGUUCCUGCAGUACAACCGGCGCCAGCUCAGCCGCAUCUACCCCAAAGGGCAGCGCCUGGACUCCUCCAACUACGACCCAUUGCCCAUGUGGAUCUGUGGUAGCCAGCUUGUGGCCCUCAACUUCCAGACGCCUGACAAACCAAUGCAGCUGAACCAGGCGCUCUUCAUGCUCGGUGGUCGCAGUGGCUACGUCCUGCAGCCUGACAUCAUGAGGGACGAGACGUUCGACCCCUUUGACAAGAACAGCCUGAAGAUCGUGGAGCCCAUCACGGUGCAGCUGCAGAUCCUCGGUGCCCGGCAUCUGCCCAAGAAUGGGAGGAGCAUUGUGUGUCCUUUCGUAGAGGUGGAGGUGUGUGGCUCCGAGUAUGACAACAGCAAGAAUAAGACAGAUGUCGUAGCUGACAACGGCUUCAACCCCGUCUGGCUCUUCAAGCAGUUUGUCUUCGACAUCAACAACCCCGAGUUUGCCUUUCUCCGCUUUGUGGUGUACGAGGAGGACAUGUUCAGCGACCCCAACUUCUUAGCACAAGCCACCUUCCCCGUCAAGGGCCUCAAAACAGGCUACAGGUCAGUGCCACUGAAGAACAGCUACAGCGAGGACCUGGAGCUCGCUGCCCUCCUCAUCCACAUUGAGAUCAUCAACGCCAAGGAGGAAGAUGAGGAGAACCUCUACUCAUCCAUCCAGCAGCUACGGGACCGCGCCAGCGAGCUCUCCAGCCAGGUCUCCAGCUACGAGCGCACCAACGGCUGCGACUCCCGUUACCAGCAGCGUCUCGAUGAGUUACGGGCAGCCCAGGAGCGGCUCAUGGAGCUCACCGAAGUCCGCAACCGCAAGUUGAUGGAGAAGAAGAAGAGGGACCGACAGAUGGUCACCAAACGCAGCUGAGCGGGAUGGACACGAGCACACUGUGGACCCCCCCCACCUCCUCUCCUGCUGCAAAGCGGGGUGGGGGUGGCCAAAUCCGGACACUCCCCCUUGCCCAAGGCUGGACGAUAGCGAUGUGACAAAUUUGGGGACAAAAGGGGACCUCAGGUAGCUCUGCCUGUGACAUUUCUCCACUGGGGUGAAGCAGGAGGUGGGAUGCUCUGACGUAAAUCCUCAGGCACCUCCAGCUUCAUCCCAUGUCCCCUGGGGCUGGUGGCCAUGUCCCUGUCUCUGGGGUGGCCACCACAGCUCCUCUUCAACCCAUGUCCUCCAUGUCCCACCAACCCAUGGCGGGGGGGACAAUGAGUCUCAUAACCGAUAGGGAAACUGAGGCACAGGAAAAGUCUCCCAGUAUCCAACCAGCCCUAGGAUGGGGCAGGACCAGCCAACCCCCUCUUGCCACCUCCUAGCUGGGGACAGAGGACAGGAUGGGCUGGCAAUGAGCCACCAUGAUGGGGACACUGGGGACAAUUUGGGGAGGGAGGCAUUUUGCACCCCCCCAUACUAUAAAUAUCUGUAUUUUCUUAUUUUAUCCAGCGUGUACAUACAGCGGGGAGCGGGGGGGGCGGGUCUGUACCAGCCACAGUAUUAAGCCACGGGUGGUGGGGACACCCCAAAAUGUCCAGAGAUGUCACCGGGAUGGGCACAAAGGAGCAGGAGACCAAGUCUGGGGGUGCCCCGUGGCUGGUGAUGGGGUGUCCCAAGAUGCUGGUACCAAGGUGGCCCCAGGAUGGGAACAAGGAUGGCACCAAGGUGACACCAACAUCAGCACCAAACCCUGGGAAUGGAGGUGGUGCCUGGCAGGGGGGUGGCUGGGGACAUCUCGGGGUGUCCCCCGGGGUCGGGGUGUCCUGGCAGGGAGGGAUCUGUGUAUUCUUUGUAUGAAAAUAAAUCUAUUUAGCCAA